AUGAUGUCGAAGAUUAUAUCAACUGCAUUGAUUGGCUUUGCAACUUUUGCUGCAGCAAAUGAAGUCCAACGUGACCUUGCUGGAACUGCUGGAGGUUUCCUCUUCACCAUGAGCGACUGUCCAGGAAUGUGUUUGACCUACAACCGAAUUCAGGGACAAAUUGAAUUGAACAACUGCAGCAUCGGGGGGAACAUGAAGGUGUGGGAAGUUGACUACUCUUGUGGUGAAGAAGAUGGAUUCUUUCAAAUCAGAAAUGUCAUGGAGAGUAAGUGCAUUGCCGAUCCAACCGACUGCUCGUCCUGCAACCAAGGCGUCACUCUGGUUGACUGUGACAACAACAACGCCGCAUGGUUUAGCUACGGAGCCCUACACAAGACAGGACCAAAUGCAUACUAUCUAUACAACACCAGAUGUUGGUUGAAAGAGGGCAAGGUCAGUGCUUUGUCCACACCCAGUUUGGACUCCAAGACAUGCCCAGAAGACUUUUCCGUUGGUGCAUGCCGGAGAAUGGAAUGGAAUGCGGAUCACUUCAGCCGGGACAUUUCCUAUUAUGAAUGGGGUUUCAAUGAAGUAAAGACGGAGUGUGAUGACACCUUGUUCCCAUGA